GGAGACGGUGCCGAAAGAACCAUCCGCUGAUGACGCAUAUCCGAAACAAUACCACUCAAAGCUUUCACACCGAAUAUGUGCCUCGUGAAAAAGACAGCAUGAAGUUUUUUCAUUUGAAGCUCUGACACCAAAAAAACGGCGUUUAAUGGGGAACGAUGUCUUUGUUAUUCUGUGUAUUUUUUCCGCCUCGGCGUCGCGGAAAGUCCAGUUCGGUUUUUACGUGAAGCUCCAAAAAUCUAUGAAAUGUGUUUGCAUGUUCGUCUCCGCGAGCGGGGAUGUAGAGGUGGGAUUGCGAGAAUAGAAAGGUCUGAGAGCCCACACGCUCCGCUUCCGAGAAAGUACGUUUUGCAAUAAUUCAUUAUUCCGCUCGUCACGCGCUCGUCUCGGUCGAAGGCUACAUGAGCUCUGGGAGUGCAGAAUAAGGUUUUUCUCCCUUCUUUUUGACAUCAAUCUCUACGACAGGCUUGGAGACGGACCGCUUGGACACUUGGAACCCUCCCCUCUGCCUCAGUCUGCCUUGUUUACAGGUUGCCAGUGGGAAGAUGAGACCUGAGGUCUAGAGCCAGGUCAAGGGUGCUGGGGCCUGCCUGCCAUUGGCUGGCCAGUCUGUCAGUCGGAGAGAAGGCUCCACCCUCACCUGGGUACUGAGUGCACUGAGAGUACUGCCUGGCUCCUCCCUUGCCAGCCCCCCUGUCCCCUCCCCGACCCCGCCCCCCACCCACGCACACACCCCGGGGCUGGACCAUGUCUGGCGGACGGCCGGAGGGCAGCCGGACACCCGAGGCCCAGGACAAGGAUAAGGACCAGGAGCAGCGCAGCUGCAGGGAGGACAGCCCCGUCGUCGAGCGCCGCAACCGUAGCGGCAUCAUCAGUGAGCCCCUCAGCAAGAGCCUGAAAAGGUCUCGCACGCUUUCCCAGUACACGGCUGCCUGCCCGCAGACUGCCAACGGACUGAGCCACAACGGCCAGGCCAAGACCCAGGCCGGCAAGGUCCAGCCUGGCCAGCAGCAGCCGGCGCAGCAGCCGCAACAGCCCUCCACGGCCUCGGCCCUGGUGCCGGCCAAGCUGGACCGGACCCUGGAGCAGGUGCUCGAGGGACAGAACGGCCUGCUCCACUUUGCCCAGGCUGCCGCGCUGCUCAAGCGGGCAGGCAUGGAGCACAUGCUGCUGCCUGGGGGGAUGGGCAUGGGGGUGGGCGCCAUCGGCACCGAGGCCGGCGCCGGCGACCUGGAGGGCGUGUCGGCGGCUGACGGCGUGGGAGGCCACACCGACUUCCCGUACGGUGUGGGCGGCGGCUUCCCCUUUAACCCGGGGCUCUUCAUCAUGACGCCAGCCGGCGUGUUCCUCGCCGACAGCGCCCUGCACAUGGCAGGCCUGGCUGAGUACCCGGCGCAGAGCGAGCUGGCCUCUGCCAUCAGCUCCGGGAAGAAGAAGCGGAAGCGCUGUGGCCUGUGCCCGCCCUGCCGGCGCAGGAUCAACUGCGAGCAGUGCAGCAGCUGCCGCAACCGCAAGACAGGUCACCAGAUCUGCAAGUUCCGCAAGUGCGAGGAGCUGAAGAAGAAGCCCUCCGCCGCGCUGGAGAAGGUGAUGCUGCCGACGGGCGCGGCGUUCCGGUGGUUCCAGUAGGGCUGUGACCUCUGACCUCCGCCCAAAGCUCUGCCAUCAAGUGCAAUGCCAACUCCCACCUGGACUGUCUCCAGCGCCGACACUGGCUAGCAAGCGUAUAAACCACGACAGAAAUUUGAAAAAAAGAAGAAGAAAAAAGAAACAACCACCACAAACUCCACGACAACCUACAGCGCAAAGCAGAAACGCUACAACGUAAUCAAUCGAGCAAUGGAUGCACCUACUUAUUCCUUGAACCAAAAAUUAAACAUAAAGAAGAAGAAAUCUAUGGCAACUUUCAUUCCCUUUUAUAUGUUUCCAUUUUGGUACCUCUUGUCCUUUUUCCAGCAGGUCUUUUCUCUCGCUUAGACAUGGAACAGUUCAUUGCCAAACAGAAAUGACGGACUGAGUGUGGACAAUCAACAAAAUUUCUGUGUUUGGUGUUAAUGUCGUUCACGUGUGGAAAGAUACAGUACUUGUGUAGAGAAUGUAAAUUUUACGGCUAUAUUUUAAAACUAGUGGCUCAUGGCAAGCACUAUUGUAAUUUAGCACCGUUGUUCUUACUUAAACCUCUGUAUUUUAUUGUUUCCCUUUUUAUUUUUAGUUUGAUUUUAAAUUUAUAGUUUGGAAACUGAUCAAUGUUUGUCAUUUAAGAGAAAAGGAACUAUUUCGAGAUGUAAAAAUCCAGUUUUCUGAAUGAAAUGAGAGAAGAAAAUCUAGGUGGAGACCCCGCCCCAGUGUACAGUCGGGGGAGAUGAGGAUGUGGUUUAUGUGGGGCUGCUACCACAGGGAGCUCCUUUACCGCCAAACCGUCCGUGUCUCCUAAGCCUUUCAGUCUGCGCUGUUUUAUUCUUUGGACUGGCAGCCUUACGUUUUCGUUACGACGUCCCUAGCGUACUGGUGAGGGAUUUACAGAGCUAACCUCCUCAGCACAGAAAGACAGCACUUCCUCUGCCCAAUUAAACGCACUGAAACACAAAAAAAGGGUUCUUUUUUUUCUAAUUAUUUGUUGGUUACCUUUUUCAUGACAUUGCCAGUAGCUACAUCUUUUAAAUCGAACAGCAAUGUUUGUAUUGGAUUAGAAAUAUGGGCUGGUUUUGUGAAUAAAAACAAAUGCAUGUAUUUGUGUCAAGAAUUUACAGCUCUGACGUCUGUCUACUUGUCUACCUGCAUGUUUUUUAAGAAAUGGCGACAUGCUUAAAAAAAAAAAAAAGACAGAAACAAACACGACAGUGUGGAAAUGUUGAUAAAUCUGCUAGGCUGUUCCUUUUCCAAGAAGGUAAAAAUAAAAAACGAUUGGACAAGAAA